GGUCUCUGAAGAAGGAUUAUUGAAGCUCUCUUUCUUUCUUUUCAAGGCUGCUUUGAGACGAGACUUUGAAAGAGUAAAGAGCAAACUAUGAAAAGUGGGUAUGAAAAGCAAACAAGGUAUGUGGGUGUCACCUGAGGACUCUUUUCUUUCAAGAGUGAGAGAGAGAGAAGAGAGAGAGAGAUUCCUGGGUCUGAAGCUUUCUUUGCUAGUUUAAUUCUCUUAAUUACUUACUCAUCUUGGGAUUUUCAAGCCCUUUUUAAAAAUUAUAUACUAUCAUAUAUCAUCUCAUUAUGGAAUCUACAAAUCUCCAUCACCACCACCACCACCAACAACAACACCAACACCAACACCAACACCAUCAGCUUCAAGAUCAGCUUAUUGGCUCUUCUCCUCCUUUAGCUUCCCCUUCUUGCUAUGGUCUUGGAACCACCACUCAUGCUUGGACUCCAAUUCUCAAUCCUAGUAACUUCAGUCCAACCAGUAAUGGAAUAAGCACAAACUCAAGGGAUUCAAGGCAGCAAAAUGACUAUCUAGUCCCUUCUCUAAACAGUUCCGUGAUUCAAGACUUGGGUUUUCAAUGGGCUAAUGGGAACUUCACCACCACUCAAUCCACUUCCCAUGACUUGCACCUUGCAAGAAAAGGAGACCUCCCAGAAGAUCAUUAUCCAAAAUUUACUGAAAUGAUACAUAGCAACACCACAUCAUCAUCAAGCAUAGAAGAUUUUCACUUACAACAACAGGCGACAAGCUACGCGAAAAAUGAGCAGAGAGAUUUGAAUGAUCUGAGUGAGAAGCUCUUGCUCAGAAACUUUUCAGGGUGUCAGAUCAAUGGGAUUCAACUUCCAGCCGGAGAAUUCUACUCCGGUGGUGGCGGUGGAGCUACUGUAGCACCACCUAGUAGAGGGAACUUCAGCCAGAUUUUUCCCACCAUAAAUAUUUCCAACUUGAAUCAAUCGUCUUCGGCGAUUUCAAGCUCAAUGGACAUGAACAUGCAGGCUUUGGAUCUCUUCACUUCUGGUAGAUUUUCAGGGUGUUUAAAUCAGGUUUCUCAUGAUAAUCUUGGACUUUACAAAGACAGCCUUUCUUAUGGUGUUGGUCAUAUGCAUCAACAAUCAAGUCACAACAGGCCAUCAAAUAGCCCUACUAGUAAAAUAUCACCCUUCACUAGUGGAAUCACAGAAACUAAGAGACCCAGCAGUCAUUUGGAGCCAAAUGGGCCUCCGGCAGCACAAAGAAUCACGAUCCGAUUCACGCUAUUCUGCCCACCCUUUAGGUAUGGUUGUUGUGUUGAAUUGAACCAGGUUAGAAAAGAGAAAUUAGGGGAUAGAAUUGCAGCUCUUCAACAGUUGGUGGCUCCUUUUGGGAAGACAGACACAGCAUCAGUACUAAUGGAGGCUAUUGGGUAUAUCAAAUUCCUUCAAAACCAGGUCGAGACACUAAGCGUCCCUUACAUGAAGUCAUCCCGCAACAAGACCAGUAGAACAAUCCGAGGGGGUCAAGGUUCAGCUAUUCAAAUUCAUGGAAACGAAGAGCCAAAGAGAGAUCUCAGAAGUCGAGGGCUUUGUCUCCUGCCCUUGUCAUGCUUGUCAUACGUGACUGACGGAGGUGGUGGAGUUUGGCCACCUGCUAACUUUAGCACAGGCAUUUGA